UAGCUGACUUCGAUUAAGGGUUUGGAGAAUAUGCCUCCUAGCUGCUGUUCAUUCAGGAGCUUGGGUAAAGCCCCAUCACUCUCUGCCAUCACACAUGACUCUAAUCCUAAAAGCUUUGAAGAUGGAAUUUUCUUGCCCAGCAGUUGUCACAACAGAACUUGGCUCCUGGGCAAUUUUCAAGAAACCUACAGUGAAGCCUCCACCCACCAACCAGCCGCUUGCAAACAGCACCCAUGUAAAGUGGAGCCUGGUGUGCAAAGUUCCUGGAUCUCCGGAGCUGACCGAACAACAAGGUCCAGUUCCAAGACCCAUGGAAGGGCAACAUGCCAAUCAGGAAUCUCCCCAGCUGUGCCAGAGUGUGCUUCUCAACCCUGCCAGUCAAGAAAUUGUCAGCAAGUGGGUUUUGUAGUCCAGAGCUAUCAACCUGCAAGUUACAUGGCCAAGUGUCACCCACUAAAGUCUACAAUGUCUGAGAGUUGCCAAACUGUGGAGUUUGAAACCAGCCAAUGCUACUCUCAGGUUCCUGAGUCCAGUUCAUGUAACUCCUCCAGCAACGUUGUCUUUGGGACACAACUUGUGGAAUCUUCUAGCUCCUAUGAGCCAGCAUGCUGUGUGACAGGAGGUUCACAAAUGCCUAGUAAGUGA